GGGGCGAGGGAGCCGGGAUGGCGGAGCCCAGCUGAGGCGGGCAGUGGAUUAUUAUCCAAGGGAACGUAGAUAAAGCUUUAAAAGGAUAUUUUGCAAGAUUGACUGAAGCACUCGCACUGGGAAAGUGCACAGGCUUCUUGAAGAUGCCUGCUGCCUGUGAUUCAGUGCUCGAAGAUAUUGAAGAUAUCGUGUCAGCAGAAGAUUUGAAACCACAUGAUCGGCAGUUUUUAAGGAAGAAUGUUUUUCCAAAAGUGCGAAAACGCAAUUCACAAAAAAAUACUCAGCCAGAUGAUGAUCCUCCAAGUGACAGCAUCAUUCCUGGUGCUCAGAAAAUCUGGAUUCGCACAUGGGGAUGUUCUCACAAUAAUUCGGAUGGCGAGUACAUGGCUGGACAGCUGGCUGCAUAUGGCUACAAAAUUACAGACAACUCUGCUGAAGCAGAUUUAUGGCUGCUGAACAGUUGCACAGUAAAAAAUCCUGCUGAGGACCACUUCAGAAACUCAAUCAAGAAAGCCCAAGAAGGGAAGAAGAAAGUGGUUCUAGCAGGCUGUGUGCCACAAGCCCAACCUCGUCAGGACUACCUGAAAGGCUUGAGUAUUAUAGGGGUUCAGCAGAUAGAUCGUGUAGUAGAAGUUGUGGAGGAAACUAUUAAAGGUCAUUCUGUGAGACUGCUGGGUCAGAAAAAGGAUAAUGGAAAACGUUUGGGGGGAGCACGACUGGAUUUGCCAAAGAUUAGGAAGAAUCCACUGAUAGAAAUAAUUUCCAUCAAUACAGGGUGUCUCAAUGCAUGUACCUACUGCAAAACUAAGCAUGCCAGAGGAGAUCUAGCAAGUUAUCCCAUUGAAGAACUAGUGGACAGAGCCAAGCAGUCUUUUCAAGAGGGUGUUUGUGAGAUAUGGCUGACCAGUGAAGACACAGGGGCUUAUGGCAGAGACAUUGGCACAGAUCUCCCUACGCUUCUGUGGAAGCUGGUUGAAGUUAUUCCUGAGGGAGCUAUGCUGAGGCUUGGCAUGACAAACCCUCCCUAUAUUUUAGAGCAUCUGGAGGAAAUGGCGAAGAUUCUGAAUCAUCCAAGAGUAUAUGCUUUUCUGCACAUACCAGUCCAGUCAGCCUCUGACAGUGUGCUCAUGGACAUGAAAAGAGAAUACUGUGUGGCAGACUUCAAACAAGUAGUGGAUUUCCUUAAAGAAAAAGUGCCUGGAAUAACAAUCGCUACAGACAUCAUCUGUGGUUUUCCAGGAGAGACAGAUGAAGACUUCCAAGAAACAAUGAAACUUGUAGAACAAUACAGGUUUCCAAGCUUGUUUAUUAAUCAGUUUUACCCACGCCCAGGGACCCCGGCUGCAAAAAUGCAUCAAGUUCCAGCUGCAGUGAAAAAACAGAGAACAAAGGAUCUGUCCCAGCUGUUUCAUUCAUACAAUCCAUAUGAUCAUAAGGUUGGUGAGAGGCAGAGGGUUCUGGUAACAGAAGAAUCCUUUGAUUCCAAUUACUAUGUUGCUCACAAUCCUUUCUAUGAGCAGGUUCUCGUGCCAAAGGAUCCUCUGUUAAUGGGUAAGAUGGUAGAAGUGAAUAUUUAUGAAGCUGGGAAACAUUUUAUGAAAGGGCAACCCGUGUCAGAUGCCAGAGUUUACACUGCAUCCAUCACCAGACCGUUAGCAAAAGGAGAAGUUUCUGGUUUAACAGAGGAGUUCAGACCUGCACCACAGAAUGGCACAAAGUGGAAAGCACACCCUUCUGCUGACACCCCAGUAAGAACACGGCUCAGCUCCUGGAUGGCUUUGCAGCUCCCAUGGCAACAAGGAGGAGGUGGACUGAAGAUACUGUCUGUCAGCCUGGCUCUGCUGGCAGUUCUUGUUAUGUUUUACUAUGGAGGAAUGAAAACAGAGCUGUGAACUGAAUGAAGCUUUUAUGAAAACAAUAAAACUACUGUUUAAAAUCUUCAAAGGAAACAUUUUUACCUACAAGUCUUCUUCUUUUUUUUUUUUUUUAAAAAAAAAGAUAAUAUAAAUUGAGCAAUAAUUUGUACUCACCCUAUGCCUUUCCUGUCAUUCAUAAGAGAGAAUGUUAAUAAGCUUUAGGGCGAUGUAUCUUGCCAAAAUUUGAGAUCCUUGGUUGGCAGAACAGUUUGUUGCAUCUUUGCUCUUCUUUUUUUUCUAAAAUGAUGCAAUGUUUGCGUUGCUUACUCUUUUUGUAACUGCUGUAGCAGGUAAAAUUGCAUGCAGGGAACUCAUGAAGUUUAUAAGACCUUUUUCCAUUGAGUGAUGUUGGUGAUCUUUUAUGAGCAGAACAUUUAAAGCUUUCUUAAAGAUUUUGCUUAAUGCAGUGUGAUGGUUUGAUAUAUGUCUUUUUACAUUAGAUUCAAACACCGCUGGGCCAUUAAAGUUUGUCAUUCGUUGCUAUUGA